AUGGACGGCACAGAAGACCUCUCGCAGCUUAUUGAGCGACUGCUAACGAAGGAGUUCUGGAAGGGAAAGCUAACUCGCUCCAACUUUAUCCGAGUGCUUCUUGUACUGGCCUCUCUUUGCUGUCUUCGGUAUUUAGGCGCCAUCGCCGCAUCGAUAUUGGGUAUUGUCUUGAUCUUUUGGAAUUUGGGAGAGCGCACUGGUGGAGCGAGUGCAUACUCCGUCUUCAACAGAGGUGCCAACUAUCUCCUCGGUGAUCUUCGGCUUGCCCGCAUCGACCAGCAGCUGCGGCAUGGAGACGGGGGCCUCGAAGACGACGCCCAAGUAGUUGAGUACCGCGCCCCAAUUGAGAUUCGCUCACGAGAUGCAAAUAAGCGAUGCCCCUGCGGCUCCGGAAAAAAACUAAAAAAGUGCUGUGGUAUUUAG